ACUUGUCAGAACACAUUCUGCCAAGACUAUUUCACUAAACACGUCACAAUAAACACGCCGCAAAAUGGGAGGAGACAUGUUAUUUUAAUUGACGUCUGGAUUAAUUCUUAACAGAUGCUCUGUUUAAAAAACUGGCAUAAUUAUUACAAUCUUUAAAAAUGAAACACUUUCUGUCUCUUCUCUUUUGUACGGUGGCAGUGCCUCUUUUCGUGUUGGGUUAUCAAAGUUAUUUGGACCUCAUACCAGUUGACAAAGUUCCGUAUGUGUGUAAAACGUUUGGUAGUGCUGGUACUAAUGACUACCAUUAUUACAAUAUAACGGAAGUGGGACACGAGUUUUGCGGAUAUUUCUCAUUCGACAGAAACAUCUUCGGUCAAGACUUUUCAUUCUCCUAUUCCUGGAGCAAUAUAUGUCAUAUGGACACUGACGGCGAUGGACGAUCGAACGGAGUCGAAUUAGGAGAUGCAAACUGCACAUGGACUCCCUGCAGCGAAACUAACACCAACUGUGCAAAACUGACUGCAGUCAGUCACCCAGGGUAUUAUGAAGAGGAGGAAACUGUUAACGGUGUCACAGAAUAUGUUGGAGAUUGUCUACUGGUGUGUUAAGAUUUUAAACAGGUCAACACCACGACUGAUUCAUCUUCAAGAAGUCCAUUGUAUUUUUGUUUCACUUUUAUCUACAAAUAUUGUUUUCAAUAAAUUUUUGUUAUUGGUGAGAA